CGUCCACGCGUGUGCGAUGUGCGUCCGUUGCGGAAAUGAGCGCGGCCUCUCAUUUUUGAAGUUUGAAGGAGAGAGAGGGGAACCUCCCGAGUUGUUGUUAUUGCAUCUCUGUGCCCGGGAAACCAAUAAGCUCAUCUAGAUCUAUAUCUUGAUAGCUUUAGUUAUUAGCUAGGUUGCCAGUUGCGGAUAGAGAGAAGGGAGAUUGAUCUUAUUAUCCACACGAGGAAGGGGCGUCUUCCUCAGUUCUUUUUUCGAGUUCUGGUUUGGUGGGGGUAGCAUACCGGUAGCACAUCAUCAUGUCAACAACAGUGGAUGAAUUUGGACGUGUGAUUCCGGCCAAUGCGCCAUUGUCAUCGUCUCGAGAACGGGGUGCUCCUCGUCGUGAACGAUCUCAGUCUCCACCUGCACGGUACAACAGUGGAGGACGAGGACGAGGGCGGAGUCGGUCCAACAAGUAUCAUCGCAGCAGCAGCGACCGAGAUCAUGAUCGACACCACCAUCGACGAGACAGCCGAGAAGACCGACGAGAGUGGCGCAAACGGCCUCGUUCUCCCAGCUCAGGUCCUUCGCAGCAUUCGGAUCAUGGCUCUUCCUCUACUAGCAGAGCUUCUUCGCGACAUCGACAUCCCUCCUUUCGCUAUGUCCAGGAGCACAUGGUCUGCGAAUACGUCUGGAAAACCAAAAAUAAGGAUAAAGAUGACAACAACAACAAUAAAAAGGGGGAAGAGGACAAUGACAACAACAGCAAUAGCAACAACAAUAAUAAUACCACGGAAGAGGGCAAAGAAUCCUAUGACGAAUAUCGAAAGCGCUAUUGCUUGAAUUAUGUGCGCUCCUUCUUCAAUACCCACAUGGACGACGCAUGGUUCCGCAAUCGAUACUCUCCACUGGGAAGAAAGCGAGCUGUUCAAGCCGAACGUGGCCGUGCCAAGCAGGAAGCACAAGUCUUUUGCUCCCAAGUGGAAUCCUCGGUCCAAGAAGAAACGGCUGAAGAGCGCUGUUCCUUUGUCAAGAAUGCUCGUCUGGGAGGAGGCGUCAAAAAGUUAAAUUCGGAACCGCCCAUGCCCAAAUCCCACAAUAUCUCGCUGGCCAAUCCAGAAAAUAUCCUGCACAUCACCGAUAUCCCUCCGCAUGUCACGGACGAACAAUUGACCCUGGCACUCAUGGAUCACUGCAUGAUACCUGCCGAUGAUCAAGCACAAGGAUCCCCGGUGGACGCCUCUGAGGGCGGCUUCAAAUUGGUGUCGGCAUCGGUCAGUGCCGACAAGAAUCCCAAGCAACCACUCUGGAGAGAUGCUUACUUCAUCUGCAGUGCCACGGUCAAACAGGAUAUUGUCACACAUUUGGCCAAGGCCGAAGCAGAUCAAGACUCGAAUCCCACGGAAAAGAAUAGCGAGAGCAACAACAACAACAAUAAUACAACCACCAAAUCCGAGGAAGCUGCCGUCGUGGUACCCCGUAAACGGGAUGAUAAGGACGACAAGGCACGUUCCACGCUGCCAUUGGAUGUCGAGUGCUCCGAUCCUUACGGGCGUCUCGAAGUCGAUGCCGACGGCAAGGGCGGAGCACCCGACGAUGGCAUUGCCGUCCCACCACGAAAAUCCACCGUCUGGGUCCAUUCGCAGUACAAGGCACCACCUGUACUCGUCUUGUCGGCGGCCGUGUCCAGCAAGGAACGCUUUGGAAGAGACAAGGAAGCCGCCAUUAUGAUGGCAAGAGCCUUGGAUGUCGCCAAGGAUAUCCCCUCGGAACAUCGAUUGGAUGAAGUAUUGGAUCGACUCUUUGGAGAAAACCGCAACGCGGAAGAUGAUCCCACUCUUGCGGAAGACACGCUCGAUGUCACUAUUGCCUACCUACGGCGCGUCCACCUAUUUUCGUUUUACAAUGGAUGUACGUUUGCCGCCAAUCUGGCGGAUGUCUUGUCGGGACGACACCCCGCUGGUUCAGUGCAUCUGCGAUUGCACAAUGCCGAAGAAAUCUUGGCAGAAGACACUCCCGUACUGAACGCCCCAAAGGAUCUUUUGGUGAGCCGACUGGAUGAUAGUAUUGCCAAAGCCUUGGAGGAAACCAACGAAUGGAUCCAAAGCGGGGGUGGAACCAUUGUCAACGAACGAGUGGACGAAGAGGCCGCCGAACUGGAGCAAGCCGAAGAGGAGUAUUUAGACAAAUGGUUGGAGAAUCAUGCCAUUAUCGAUGACGAUGGUCGAGCCAGAUGCUCGUUUCAUUUUUGCCACAAGCUGUUCAAAGACAAGAACUUUUUGCGAAAGCAUUUGCAAAAGAAACACAAGGAGUUUCUUCGCGCAGAGCAGGCACAGUUGCAUGACGAGUACAUGAUGAGAGCCUGGGACGAGGAGGAUCAACGACCGGUGCCAUCCGUUCUUGUGGAUUGCGGAGCCAUUUUCGAUUUGGUCCCUAGUGCCGUUGUGGGUGCCGAACCAACCGCCGUAGACCCAGAGCCCGAGAUGUGGCGAAAGGAAGAGGAACGGCGAAAACGUGAGGAUGAGAUGCAGAAAGAACGCGAGGAACGGCAACGACAGCGAGCGGAAGCGGAAAAAGAACGCCGCAAUCAGCCACAACAAAGCAGUCCUCCCGGGGUCGACGAACGCAGAAACAGCAAUUUUAAGAAACCCGAGAAGAACUUUGUGGACGUGGAUGACAUGAAAGAAGAAAAAGUGGAAAUGUCCUUUGACAACGUUGACGUGCCUGUCCAGCCUCCCAAGAAGAAAAAGAAGAAGAAAAAACUGUUGUAAGAGCCUUGUCUGGGGACAAGUUGAUUGUGGGAGAGAGUAUGUUGUGAAUAGUAAUUUAAUGGCACAGUGUGGUUUUCGUCGGCUAUUGGCUCUACUCGUAUUGGAGUAUUGGUACUGGUACCGGUACCUCCUGCUCCACGGUGCACGAGUUGUUCGUCAGGUUCAACGGACCAUCAAAAUAAUGGUUUUAAAAACUAUCUUAUGAAGAGGAUUGCAUACAACAACUCUUCUAAAGUUGCUCUUUUGUCAA